CGAACAUCGAUUACGACAAAACAAAACGAGACAACCCAACACACUCUCACACACACACACACACACACACACGCACACUCAGACAAUGCACCAUGCACAAUGCAACAUUGUACAUGCCGCUAACCAUAACAAUAAAGAUCCAAUCCAAUCCAAUCCAAUCCAAUCCAGCACACGCUCUUAUCCUCUCGUUUACUCGCUCUUUUGUUCAAAACAAAGACAGAGCCAGACGGAGGUAGAUCAAGGGGGAGAGGGGUAUAUCAGAUGUGCACACGAGCAAAAGGAGCUGGAAAAAGGCGGUCUGGUAGUGGUGGAUCGGACACGCUCUGGGCGUUGCAGGCGUAGGCGUAGGGAAGGAGGAGAGAUGAUACUAAGAGGGUGUGUGAUGUUCUUUCUGAAAACGGGUGUGGAGUGUGAACUGCUUGCUGACUGGGCGCAGGAUGUACCUUUUCUGGUUUUGGUUUUGGUUUUGUGUGGGAGAGACUGUUGCCAAGAAGGACGGACCGUUGGGUUGCGGGGUAUUGUUCCCGGAGUUCAGCACACAAUGGGGUCUGGAAUGAGAUGGAAUGAGAAGAGAGCGGGAAGGGCAGAGGAGUAAGAGGGGUCUGCACAGGAUAGCGGGGCAAGGGCAAGGGCAACGGGGUGGAGGGAGGGGCCAAAAGGGAGGUUGCACGAGCAAUAAAGAAGCGAGGGGGCGAGAGAAGACGAGGAGGGAAUGGAAAUGUGAAUGUGCCGAGUAGGAGUAGUAGUAGUAGGAGUAGUUGUGGUGGUGGGAGAGUUUAAUGAACAGUGGAGAGAAGGGGGGAGAGAGAAACUGUGGGAGUGAGAGAGAGCGUGUGUGUGGGAGAGGGUGUCGCAGCAGAGAGAGGGAAAGGGAAAGAGAAAGACUCGGAUCGUGGAAACAAAGAAGGACGAGAAAAGGAGGGAAAAAAAGAAAGUUAGGAUCGAUCGAUUAUACGA